GAGUGUGUGUGUGAGACAGAGGGUGUGUGUGUGUGUGUGUGUGUGUGUGAGACAGAGGGUGUGUGUGUGUGGGGAUCGGGUCCUCUGCUGGCCGGUGCUGUGGCCCCUGCUACCCCCGUGUUCAAAGCUGGCGAUGUCCAGGGUUCCGAGUCCGCCCCCUCCCGCGGAGAUGUCCAGCGGCCCUGUGGCCGAAAGCUGGUGUUACACUCAGAUCAAAGUGGUGAAGUUCUCCUAUAUGUGGACCAUCAACAACUUCAGCUUCUGUCGAGAGGAGAUGGGCGAGGUCAUCAAAAGCUCCACCUUCUCUUCGGGAGCCAAUGACAAACUGAAAUGGUGCUUGCGCGUUAACCCCAAGGGGCUGGAUGAGGAGAGCAAGGACUACCUGUCCCUCUACCUGCUCCUGGUCAGCUGUCCCAAGAGCGAGGUCCGUGCCAAGUUCAAGUUCUCCAUCCUCAACGCCAAGGGAGAGGAGACCAAAGCCAUGGAGAGCCAGAGGGCGUACCGCUUCGUGCAGGGCAAGGACUGGGGCUUCAAGAAAUUCAUUAGGCGGGACUUCCUGCUGGAUGAGGCCAACGGACUACUCCCAGAUGACAAGCUCACCUUGUUUUGUGAGGUGAGCGUGGUGCAGGACUCUGUGAACAUCUCAGGGCAGAACACCAUGAACAUGGUGAAGGUGCCGGACUGCAGGCUGGCAGACGAGCUGGGGGGCCUGUGGGAACACUCUCGCUUCACUGACUGCUCCCUCUGUGUCGCCGGGCAGGAGUUCCAGGCCCAUAAGGCCAUCCUGGCAGCUCGCUCUCCUGUUUUCAGUGCGAUGUUUGAGCAUGAGAUGGAGGAAAGUAAAAAGAACCGCGUGGAGAUUAACGACGUGGAACCAGAAGUGUUCAAGGAGAUGAUGUGCUUCAUCUACACGGGGAAAGCCCCAAACCUGGACAAGAUGGCCGACGACCUGCUUGCAGCCGCUGACAAAUAUGCUCUGGAGCGUCUGAAGGUGAUGUGUGAGGACGCCCUGUGUACGAGUCUGUCAGUGGAGAACGCCGCUGAGAUCCUCAUCCUGGCCGACCUGCACAGCGCCGACCAGCUCAAAACACAGGCUGUCGACUUCAUCAACUACCAUGCGUCAGAUGUGAUGGAGACCUCCGGCUGGAAGUCGAUGGUGGCGUCCCACCCUCACCUGGUGGCCGAGGCCUACCGCUCCCUGGCUUCAGCCCAGUGCCCCUUCCUGGGCCCGCCCCGCAAGCGCCUCAAGCAGUCCUAGUCCCCACCCCAUCCCCUGACCGCCACCGCCCCUUCGCCCCUCCUGUCCUUCAAAUCCCUCUCCUCCUCCCGUGACGCCCAGAGCACCUGCUGACCUGAAGGCCGGGGGAGGACACCCUGUUGAAGACGCCCUGACUCCCAGAACUCGACCUGAAGUUUUGAGCAACCCUGACAAGAAGAACUUCCCUCCGUGUGGUCGGAGGGCUUCCUGGAGGACAGAUGGUGGAGAGGAGGGCGACCGCUGGAGUGUAGCCGCACCGCCGCUGCCGUCGCCGAACCAAACUCCUUCCUCCCUUCCCACCCGCACACACGUCCAAGCCUCGCUUGCGCUGGGAUGGGGUGAGUGAAGGGGUAGGUGGGUGUCCCCAUGUCUGACCUCCGUUCCAGGAACACAAGGUUGUGCUUCAGCCAGACGAUGUUGUUGCCCGGAGCGGAGAAGCCACGUCCUCAUCGCUCGGCCCGGUAGCGGACGAGGAGAAGAGCAAAGCGUCUGGGCCGGUCGGGUCACCAGACGCGAUGAGUUUUUUUUAAAUCCUUCUGUCUUCAUCCCUCCCUGUUGAACAACAUGACUGUGUCCUAAAGGAUGAAGAGAUUAGGGACGGGCUAACUGAAUGAGUGACAACAUGAACGAACCAAUGGACAGAAAGGACAUUUCUUGAGUGGAGUGAGGACUGAAUCGGACUGAAGCAAACACGAAGGCAAAGUGCCCGUCAGUGCUGAGCAGCUCGCUUGUUUCUGUGAAGGACCUUGACAUUUCCCUCAUCGCCAGACUCUUAAUGGCCGCUGUGCUACUGUGCAGACGAGCAGUCAGUGUGGAGGAGAGCUGCGGAGAGAACCGUUCCUCAGCUGGACCUACGUGCUCUCGUCUCUUGUCCCGCCCACCCCCUCAACCGACCUUGAGGCAGCGCACUGCACCCCGCCUGAGAGCCCCCGUCUCCAGCCCGGUGACCCUGACGUCUGAUUGGACAGUUUUAGUGCGGGAGCAGGAAGUUGACUGAGAAUUUCGCUCUUCCCCCCCCUUAACUCUCACCCCAUCCUCUCUGUCAAACAGCAGAAUGUGAUGAGGCUUGAAGCGAAGAACUGAACAUGAAAUAAAAACAUGCAUAUAGUUUUUUUUUUUUUUUCCUUUUGUUGUUUUUUUUUUUUUUUGUGAUUUCAUUUGAGGUUUCAUUUCUCCUCCCCGUAGCACUUGUGUAUUUAAAAAUAAAAAUAAAAACAACAGCUUUCUGUAUUAAAAAAAAACAAAACAAAAAAAAA